UGUGCACGUAGAGAGGAGAGAUGACUUAACAGAGGUGUGAUUGUUUCGUUCUGCCUUCGACAGCCGUGAACACUCGGCUCGUUUCGUCGAGUUAACCAGGAGCAGGAGGACCAGUCAGACUGUCCAAAGAGACGUAAUGUCUUUACAAACAGAGGCGACAGUCUGUUACUGCGCGAAGACGUCGGACGAUGCUAAACGGCCCGUCCACUAACCGAAAUUAGCCCGUGUGUGUGUGGCCCCAGUGGCGGCUCCUUUCUGUCCGCCGUUCGGCUGCUCGCUUGGUGACAGUCGACCUUUUUUAUCCGGAACUCAGAAGCCGGGUGAGCAGCAGCCUGUUAGCUGUUUUUUCUGGGACUCCUCGGUGUCGGUGACAGCCACGUCAGCUAGCUUAUAUCUCUGUAGUGUGUCGUGUUGCGAGCACUGCUGAGCUCCGGACUUUGCGUGUUCUAAGUAUUUAACUUAGAGGGUCUUUCUGCGGCCAUGGCUCCGAUGGGUAUCCGGCUGUCACCGCUCGGUGUGGCGGUGUUUUGCCUUCUUGGAGUCGGUGUCAUCUAUCACCUGUACGCCGGGGUCAUCUCCAGCCGCUUGGCUGCUUUCAGACAGAGGAGAAAAGUGGACCUGAGGGACCUGCUGGCGGUCUCAGUGGAGGCUGCAGUUCUUGGAGGUAGAGAGGUGAAGAAGGUGCGUGAUGAAAAUGGCCUGAAGGAGAAGUCGAAGGGCAAGACGAAGGAGGGAGCCACUGAGCUUCUGACCAUGGGAGACCUGAAGUCUCACAGAAAGAUGUACAACCUGAUAAAGAGCACCUUCCCUGACAUCGUGGUGAACAGUGAGGAACAUGACAACGUUGUGGAGGAGCCAGCAGUCUGGAGCCGGGACAUUCCAGCAGACAUACUAGACAAGAUAGAGGGACACAAGGAUGUUCCUGCUGAGAGCCUCACAGUGUGGAUCGAUCCUCUAGAUGCCACACAGGAAUAUACAGAGAACCUCUUGAAGUAUGUGACUACAAUGGUAUGUGUGGCUGUAGAUGGUAAACCAGUCAUCGGGGUCAUACACCAGCCUUUCUCUGGGUUCACUGCCUGGGCGUUUGUGGGCCAGGGGUCAAAUAUGCAUCCGCGGUCGUCCUAUAGUCUCAGCCCUCCGAACGUGAUUGUAUCACGUUCCCACUCUGGAAAAGUCAAAAGUUUUGUUCAUAAUGCUUUUGGAAAUAAUACAAUCAUAGAGGCAGGUGGAGCAGGAUAUAAGGUGCUGUCACUCUUGGAGAUGCCGGCGACUGAAACGGGUUCCAUGGAGCAGGCAGAUGUUUACAUCCACAUCACCUUCAUUAAGAAGUGGGACAUCUGUGCUGGAGCGGCGCUGCUGAAUGCAAUGGGGGGCCAUAUGACAACCCUAAAGGGAGAGGACAUUGACUACAGCGGGACACCUCUCAACAAAGGAGGACUGGUGGCCACUGUGGGGGUGGACCACAAGGCCAUCCUGGAGAGACUACCAAACUGGGACCCUGAAAAACACUGAAGGACCCAAACACAGAGCCAUUGGUUGUGUGGUCAGUGGUUGUGAUAAGGGCAUCAUGUGGCAGCCCCUUCUCUAUAACUAAGAGUAGUGUGCAGACAUCACCAGGCCUGCAUGACGUCAUCAUCGUGGGACGCCAGACAUCUGUCAGUCAGAUGGAUUGGAUUCACUGUCACUGGCGUCGGCCCCUGAGCAGGACUGUGGAACCAACAUAGCUGCAAACUGGAAACUGCGAUGGCUGACUUAAUGGCUCUGACUACACACUGUGGGAGAAAUGGUACAUCUCCCUCUUCAUGUGUAUAUAUACACACGCUCACAGUGAACACUGGACAACAGCUGCCACGCCUGAAUCCCCUUCCUUCAUCUUCAGAGCACAACCGGAUAACUCUAAUGUGAAAUGCUAUAAACUGAGGAGCACAACUCUGAGCGUUACAGUGAAAACCCGCAGAGCGACUGGCAUCGUUUACUUUCAUCAUCUCAAGUCCCAUCUUCAUCACACAACGUUCCUAACAUCAGCUUAGCACAGUUAGUGAAAGAUCAUCAUCGUCAUUUGCCACUUGAUUUAACAACAAACCCUCUAUUCACCAGCAUCAUUAUACCACAGUGGCUCACUUCACACUGUCUGACUUCAAAGUUGUCAUCUGAGGUGGCUCUGAGAUGGAGCAGUUCAGCUCUGGAUUAGCACUACAUACUCUAAGAAUGGAGCCUCAGCUCCACUACAAAGCACGGCACUGUCAUUUACACUUCCAUACGGGCGCUCUUCAUUUCUGUUCUGGGACUUCAUUGGCCUUUGCUCACACUGUACACGCUCAUCUCUCAAACUCUGGGUCAGGACUCCAGUAGUGUAUUUUAAAGAGCCAGGGCUUCAGUGUAAGUACACUGAUUUGGUCUUUGCUUGAAAAAAGGUAAGAAAACCUCCUUUUUUUUUUUUUAAAUCUUAUUUGGCUCCAAAAUUGAGGCAAAUGAAAGAUUUUUGUAAAGCAGUCCCACCUCAGUGAACACAGCAGUGUUUGCCAAGAAGAACUCACCACAUAUUUCAUUUCUGUUGACGUGUUAGUCUGAGGAAGUAAUUGCAAAAAGGUGAACUGCAAAAAUUAUGCAAAUUAACUCAACUACAGUAAGGGGGCGAUCAGGGGGCGAUCAGAUUUACUGAAGUACUAAUUAACUUGUUACUAACAGCCCCCCUGCAACAAAAUGUUUUCUUACAAAUUCAUUAAGAUUAAAUGAAAUAGGAAAACUGAGGGAAUAUUUAAGGAAAAGUUGUUUGUUUUCCCAUGUAGUGAUGAGAUGAUGUGUUGUUUUCUUUUCUUGAUUCAGUAUAUGAUAUGUGGUUUGGAUUCCAUCAUGAUACAAUUAAAAGUUCAAUGACGAACAGUUGAUGAUU